ACUAGGAUUAAGGGUGUGAGUGCUACCUGCCCUAAAUAGUCUGAAUAAGAUAAAAGGGGCAGGGAGACAUUGUUAACUCUCUUGUUGCUGUUGGUGCCUUGUGGGCACCAUGUUGUUUCUCCUCUGCAAUGCCUGUUUGCCAUCCCUGCCUUGGAGCCAGCUGAUUAUGGACUGAAACCUCUACAAACUGUAAGCCAAAUAAACCCCUUCCCUUCCAACUUUUGAUGAUGGGUAUUUUGUCUCAGCAACAAGAGAAAACUAACACAAGAAGCAUAUUUUGUUCUUGUCAAGUAAAUUUAUAUUCAAUGUGUUGGAAUCCUCAUUAGUAAAUAGGGAAUGAGGAAACAAGUGUGUGUCAUUUUUCUUAACAGACAGAGUAUCUUGGAGGUGGAAGGGUCUUUAUAUGAGUGAUCUUCCUGGCUUCAGAGUUAUUGUGAAGAGAGUGAAAUUUUAAUGCAGAAUAUCUAUAUUCCUAGUCACUAGCUGGUUCAGCUUAAACAAAUAAUAGAAACAGCAUAUUAAUGGGGUCAGGGAUUUAGCUCAGUGGCACUGCACCUGCCUCACAAGCACAAGGUCCUGAGUUUGAUCCCCGGUACCAGAAAAAAAAAAAAAGAAAGAAACAGCAUAUUAUGCAUAUUAAGCAUUGUUGAGAUUAAGUGAUCUCAUUUAUAUGUGGAAUCAAUAAAUAUUGAACUCAUAGAAACAGAGUAAGAUGGUGGUUGCCAGGGGCUGGGAGUGAGGAGAGAAGGGAUUGAGAUAUUUGGUCCAAGGGUAAAAAAUUUCAGUUAGGAGGAGUAAAUUCUAGAGAUCUACAAUACAGCAUGGGUAGCUAUAGUUAACUAUGUAUUUAGUAUACUUGAAAACUGCUAGAUCUUAAGUGUUCUUACCAGACACAUGUAGUAAGUGGGAUGAUGGAUAUGUUAUUUAUACAUAUAUUAAAACAUAACAUAUAUCGUAAGUGUAGACAGAUUUUGUCAAUUUAUAGCUUAAUAAAGGUGCAGAAUAAAAACCAAUUGAUAUUUUAACCACUAAGAUAAAUUGCCUGCCAUUCAGUCUAAACUUUACUUGCAUACUUAUAAAAUGGAAGUGACAGUAGUACUUUGCAAAAUGAGGUAAAGUAUGGAAAGUGCUCUAUAAAUUCUAAGUAGGUGAAGUAUUAUGCUAUAGAUAAAACAACAAGUUAACAGAGUACGGAAGAUUUUGCUUCUCUUGCAUCCUGUCUUUAAGUUAUUCCUUUCUGUUGCCUUGUCCCAAAGCCUUCAGGCAUAAUGUUUUCAUUUGUUUCACCAGCUCUGGGACUGGAACCAGGUGAAACAGCAGAGUGAGCUUUGGAUGAGCUGCAUGGUUGAAGAUGAAACCCACUGAGGACAUAAAACCUGGGUCUUUAGCACCUUGUAUGCCAGCCUGGAAGUGUCCCUGGGAAAGCCUCCAUAACUCUGUGGAUCCCUUAAAAACUACAAGUGGGCUUGGAUUUGGAGAUUCCCAAUAAGAAAGGUUAAAGGCUGAUGGGACUACAAAGGCAGGUCUCUUAAGCAUCUGGAGACCUCAUUAUCAUGUCUUUAUGUGAAGACAUGCUCCGUUGUAAUUAUCGAAAGUGUCGGAUCAAACUGUCUGGUUAUGCGUGGGUCACUGCCUGCUCUCACAUCUUCUGUGAUCAGCACGGCAGCGGUGAGUUUAGUCGUUCACCUGCUGUCUGUCCUGCUUGCAACAGUACCCUUUCUGGUAAACUAGAUAUUGUCCGCACAGAACUCAGUCCAUCAGAGGAAUAUAAAGCUAUGGUAUUGGCAGGGCUUCGGCCAGAGAUUGUGUUGGACAUUAGCUCCCGUGCAUUGGCCUUCUGGACAUACCAGGUACAUCAGGAACGUCUCUAUCAAGAAUACAAUUUCAGCAAGGCUGAGGGCCAUCUGAAACAGAUGGAGAAAAUAUAUACUCAGCAAAUACAGAGCAAGGAUGUGGAAUUGACCUCUAUGAAAGGCGAGGUCACUUCCAUGAAAAAGGUGCUAGAAGAAUACAAGAAAAAGUUCAGUGAUAUCUCAGAGAAACUUAUGGAACGCAAUCGCCAGUAUCAAAAGCUCCAAGGCCUUUAUGAUAGUCUUAGGCUUCGAAAUAUCACUAUUGCUAACCAAGAAAGCAACCUUGAACCAUCUGUGAUUACACAGGCUGGUGUUUUUGGUUUUCCGUUAGGGAACAAUUCCAAGUUUCCUUUGGACAAUACCCCAGUUGGAAAUCGGGGUGGUGGAGAUGAAGAUUUUCAGUUCAGACCAUUUUUUGUGGGUUCUCCCACAGCACCUGAGCCCAGCAACAGCUUUUUUAGUUUUGCCUCUCAAAGUCAUGAAUUAGAGCAGCAGCAAGUAUCUAGCAGAGCCUUCAAAGUAAAAAGAAUUUAACACUUUACAGAAUGUCUGUGUUUGCCUUCAGCAGUUUCAAUUAUCAUAUAAUCUUUAUGCUGGAUAGAAACCAUCAUUGUCUCUGAGCUAUCAAGUCUUUGAAGUUGUCUCCACUUCUUCAAGUUACAAGAAAUUCAGUGGUAGUUGGGGGUGGGGGUGCCUUUAGUGUCUAGUUUCUUUGUUUCUGUUAUUUAAAGCAUGAGCAUUUUGUUAAUCUCAGUUUUUAUAUGUACUGUUGAAUUUUCACCACUGAUGAAAAGGUCACAACAUUAUUUCAUAGAUCCCUGUUUCUGCCUGGCAGUUUCUGACUGAGCUUAACAUCCAUGCAUCUGUCUGUAACCAUCUAUUAUAUGGGCACAUGUCACUUUGAAUUCUGGUAUUUAUGCAUAAAUGUGUAUGGAAGUAUGUUCAUUGAUAUUUUGCUGUAUUUGCCCAUGUGUUUGUGUCAAAAUUUGAGUCUUAGAAAAUGGUGAAUGAUCUGUCUUGUUAUUUGUGUAUUUAUUUGUAUGUACAUUUAUAUUAAAAUAAUUUUAAAGACUUA